CCUGGGGCCUCCCGCUCUUCCCCGCCCACCUGUCCCCGGCGGGGAUUCACCCUCCUCCCAGUCGCGCCGCUUUCCCCGCCCGCGGCCACGUCUGGGCACGUCCCCCUCGCGGCGCGGGCCACGCACGUCCCUGCGCUUAACCUCUGCCAGUCCGGCGCUAAGUUAAAGGCCGGGGCGGUGCGGUCUGCGCGCACUCCUGGAGGCGGGGUGCGCAGGCAGGAGCCCGAGCCUGCMGCCGCGGCCGGGCAGACGAUGACUUGCUACCGGGGCUUCCUGCUGGGCAGCUGUCGUCGCGUGGCGGGCGGCCGGGCGGCGCUGCGUGGGUCAGGCGCGGGAGGCCCUGCCGCGCGGCCCCGGCUUGGCGGUGACGGCGACCGGAGGCACCUAGGGCACGGGCAGCCGCGCGAGCUGGCGGGCUGUGGCAGCCGUCCGGAAGGCGGCUUCCGCCCCUCGCGGGUGGUGGUGGUGGCCAAAACCACCCGGUACGAGUUCGAGCAGCAGCGGUACCGCUACGCGGAGCUCUCGGAAGAGGACCUGAAGCAGCUGCUUGCAUUGAAAGGCUCUAGCUACAGUGGACUACUUGAACGACAUCAUAUUCACACCAAAAAUGUAGAACAUAUUAUAGAUAGUUUACGGAAAGAAGGAAUUGAGGUUCGUCUGGUAAAGAGGAGAGAAUAUGAUGAAGAGACUGUUCGGUGGGCAGAUGCAGUCAUAGCUGCAGGAGGUGAUGGCACAAUGCUUCUGGCAGCAAGUAAAGUCUUGGAUAGACUGAAACCAGUUAUAGGGGUAAACACUGAUCCAGAACGGUCAGAGGGUCACUUAUGUCUGCCUGUUCGAUAUACACAUUCCUUCCCAGAAGCCUUACAGAAGUUCUAUCGUGGUGAGUUCAGGUGGUUAUGGAGGCAGCGUAUCAGGUUAUACCUUGAAGGGACUGGCAUAAACCCCAUUCCUGUGGACCUUCAUGAACAGCAACUAAGUCUGAAUCAGCAUAGCAGAGCCUUCAACAUUGAAAGAGUUGAUGAUGAAAGGUCGGAGACUUCAGGACCCCAACUUUUGCCAGUGAGAGCUCUAAAUGAAGUCUUUAUUGGGGAGAGUCUAUCAUCCAGAAUGUCUUAUUCUUGGGCUGUAGCAGUGGACAAUUUAAGAAGAAGUAUACCCACUCUAAAGGGACUGGCAUCCUACUAUGAAAUUUCAGUUGAUGAUGGCCCGUGGGAAAAACAGAAGAGCUCAGGGCUCAAUUUGUGUACUGGAACGGGAUCCAAGGCCUGGUCAUUCAAUAUUAACAGGGUUGCAACUCAGGCUGUGGAAGAUGUUUUAAAUAUUGCAAAACGACAAGGAAAUUUGAAUCUUCCAUUAAACAGAGAAUUGGUAGAGAAAGUAACAAAUGAAUAUAAUGAAUCACUGCUGUACAGUCCAGAAGAACCAAAAAUACUUUUCAGUAUUCGAGAACCAAUAGCAAACAGAGUUUUCUCAAGCAGUCGUCAGCGUUGUUUCUCCUCAAAGGUUUGUGUUCGUUCUCGUUGUUGGGAUGCCUGUAUGGUUGUGGAUGGAGGAACUUCUUUUGAAUUUAAUGAUGGAGCAAUUGCUUCAAUGAUGAUCAAUAAAGAAGAUGAGCUUCGAACUGUGCUUCUAGAACAGUGAAGGAUUUCCUCAGAUUGCAAAUUUUGAUUACUGGAAAAAUAUUUUUACUGUGGAAACAGAUCAUCAGCCAUAAAGCUACACUGUUUUUUUUUUUUUUUUUUUUUUUGUUUUGGUGGUUAUUAGGACUGGUUGCUUCUGGGCUCAAAGGUGACAAAGAAAGUGAGAUAAUAAUCUUCUAUUGGAUUCUGAUAGAAAAAAAGAUAUUCUGUGAGAAUAAUGAACUCAAUGUAUUAGAAUUGAUAAUAGUAAAUUUCUCUACUAUUUACAAUUGUUAACCAAGAGCGUUGGUAUCUUUUCARAUUUAGAGAGGCAGGCUUAAAUAAAGGAUUCAACGUUUAGGAUUUAAAAAUUUAACUGUACAAGUUAAAUUUGACUGUCUGGUAGUUUUUUGUUUUUUUUUUGUUUUUUUUUGCUUCCCUCUCCCUUUGUGGAAUAUUUUUUUAUAGUACCUGUCAAAAUUUUUAAAAACUUUUUGAUGAUGGGGAAUUUUGUUAAGUCCUGACAUUCACCUAAUUGAAGUAGGUUAAUGUGUUUUUUAAUAUGUGCUAAGAAUUUUCUAAUUCUAGGACACAAUGAAGUGGUGACUUUUGAUUUAAAAAUUUAAAUCACUUUUGAAAUUGCAGAUGCUUCCAUUUGAUGUUCCUUCUAGUUAAUUUCAACAAUACUGGUUGGAAUACACCAAUGGGACAAAGUCAUGAUGCUGUUAAAAAUGUUUUAAUUAUCCAGUACCUAUUUUGGAUCAAUUUUUAAAAAAUGAUUUGAGUCCAAUAGGUGUUUUCCAUCUGUAAAACUCUCUAAUAUGGAUUCAGGAACUAAAAGUAAGAACUGAUGGGACGUCUUCUAUUAGGAGACAUUUUCUAUUGGUAUUAUCUUUAACAAAUAUUUUCAUCUAGUGUUAAUAUUGUCAGAGGRUGGAUUAAUAAACAAAUAUGUCUUUGCUUUUCAAAAACAAGGGCUGUAGCUCAGUAUUGAGGUUUUCACUUUAUUUCAAAUUUUGCAUAAUAGCUUUGUAGGAUAAAAUGCCGUGGCUUUUCCCCCCAUUAUGAGAACUCCUUUAUUUUUGGAGGAAAUUAUUUUAUUCUUUAACCCUAGAAUUUUCACAGAAUGCUCUUACUGCUGCAAGAUAAAGUGGUAUUAUCAUGCCAUUUAUUCAGUUGUAUAUUUUUUUCAUUUGAUGGUGAAAACAGUUGUCAUUGAUAAAUAUUUAUGAACCACACUGUGUCAUCUAUUCUGUGUCAGGUGCUUGAUCUACAUUGAUGAAUGAGAGAGACUCUAUAGUGUUUGAGACUAGUGACCUCAGAAGUAAAAAUUCUGUGAAAGCUAAGAUAUGUAGUCAAAUGAGUGCCCUUAGUUUUGCCAGUGAUUAACAUGUUACUUUUAUCCAUACUUUUAAAAAAUGUUAAUUUACAACAGUGGUCUAGGUUUUGAUGUAUAAUGGAGAAGAAUCUGUUUUUCUCUUAAUUAAGAGUACCUGCAUAAAGAGUACCUGCGUAGACUCUCAGAGCAAAUUUAUUGAUACAUCAGAUGGAAAUAAAAUAAAGAUCAGUUUUCCCAGAGCUGGAUCUGAUUUUUUUUUCUCAAAAAAUGAUAUAUAUAAGAAAGAAGUUAAAUUCCAUACUAUGGAUUAACCACUCUAACAGGUUUUGAAUA